AUGGGAGCACAAAUACUCGGAUCUGUCUAUAACGCCAAAGAAUUAAUUAAAGACUUUUGGAAUGCCUUGUUAAUAAGUCUGAGUGGUUCGGGAUUAAUUUCAGCAGUUCUUGAUAUUGGUGUUUGGCCGGGAAUAAUUUUAUUAAUUUCGCUGACUGGAUGUAUUCCUUGUGCUCAUGCUGUGGGAGUCUUCCUCUACAUGAUGACACCCCGCGCAUCAGAAACUUUUGAUUCACUCGUUAUAAAACGUUUAUUAGUUUCAUUCGAUGGUGGAAGUUUUUGGCCAAGUUCUAAGGCUAUUUUUGAUGAAAAUAUGAGCGAUGCAGUCGCUGCAGGAAAAAUAGCCGCUGGCGGAUCUCUUUUUAACAACUUACUGGCAAUGGAAGAGAUUAGUAAAUCGUUUCCGGAAAAUGCUCAAUGGACUUCAAUACUCCCUGCUUUUCCGGCAAAUCUUGUAUGA